AUGGCCUCAGCCUGUAUCUUUCGAAAAGGGAAAUUCGAUGCUGUGGAUUUCGGAGGGGUUGAAGAAGCAGCGGUUUCUCGGACUCUGGACACACUGUUUAAACAGAACUUCGUUCCAUGGAAACUUUCGCCUCGCAAUUCCAACUUCGAGCCAGAGGAUUGCGACUGUGACAAGCCCCACAUCGAAAGCCUGGCCAUCAUCCAGACUGGCAAGGACGACUCCAGCACUUUCAAGCCCUUGGCGGGCCAGGUGGAUGAAUCCUAUAACCUUACCAUCACCACAAGUGGACAAGCAACGAUCAAUGCCGUAUCGUAUAUCGGAGUGCUUCAUGCACUGGAGACCUUCACUCAACUAUUCUACCAGCACUCUGAGAAAGGAAUCUACACCAACACGGCCCCUGUCACCAUUACUGAUUCACCCAAGUUUCAACAUCGAGGGCUGAACAUGGAUGUCUCGAGAAAUUGGUUCCCAGUUAAAGACAUUUUGCGAACCAUUGACGCAAUUUCCUGGAACAAAUUCAAUCGCCUCCAUCUCCAUAUGACGGACUCCCAAUCUUGGCCAAUGGAUGUCCCAGCUAUCCCCGAACUGUCGAAGAAAGGAGCUUAUCAGAAGGGAUUAUCCUAUUCUCCCAAAGAUAUCCAGAGAAUUCAAACGUAUGGCAUUGAGCGUGGUGUUGAGGUUUUCAUUGAGUUCGAUAUGCCUGGCCACACGACUUCAAUCGCCUACUCUCAUCCGGAGCUAAUCGCCGUUUAUGAUAUGCAGCCAUACGAUGGCUACUGCAACGAGCCUCCAUGCGGAACCCUGAAACUGAACUCAUCAGCCGUCUACAGCUUCUUAGAUAAGCUCUUCGCCGAUGUUCUUCCAAGAGUUAGUCCAUAUUCCUCUUACUUCCAUACCGGCGGAGACGAGGUCAACAUCCAGGAUUAUCUCUUCGACGAAACGGUAAAAUCGAAUGAUACCAAAGUUCUACAGCCUCUGAUACAAAAGCUUGUUGACCAUACUCACGGCCUAAUCAGAAAAGCUGGCCUCUCCCCAAUAGUCUGGGAGGAGAUGGCCUUGGUCUGGAAUUUGACGCUUGGAGGAGAUGUCGUGGUACAGACCUGGCAAGGUGGCAAUGCGAUUGCAAACAUAACAGCAAACGGCCAUAAGGUCAUUGCUGGGGAUUACAAUUUCUGGUACCUUGAUUGCGGCAAAGGCCAAUGGCUCGACUUCACCGAAGGUGAUGCUUACAACCACUACUAUCCCUUCGCAGAUUACUGCUCACCAUAUAAGAGCUGGCGACUAAUGUAUUCCUAUGAUCCUCUCGCCGGAAUUCCCACUGAGAACCAACAAUUGGUGUUAGGGGGUGAAGUACAUAUCUGGUCUGAGCAGACGGAUCCAGUAAACCUCGAUGACAUGGUAUGGCCGAGAGCCAGCGCUGCAGGAGAAGUUUUGUGGUCAGGGAGGCAGGAUGCAAAUGGAAACAACAGGACCCAAAUUGAUGCCAGUCCUCGAUUAGCUGAAAUGAGGGAGCGCAUGGUCAAUCGAGGGAUUCGGGCUGGGCCAGUCCAGAUGGUUUUCUGCACUCAAAGCGACGCUACUGAUUGCGACAAGGCUCAAUUUUGCACCGACUCGAGGGCCAGGAUACAAAUACUGUCCUCAUGCCAUUGGAUGAUUGAAAAAAUCCUCGAACAUGCUUCGCCCAAGCUGGUGGUCGUUGCUGUCGUGGCUAUCCUCACCCUUGUGAAGGUCACACAGUGGAUUACUGCGGAGUGGAAGAUCCGGUCUCUGGGCGGCCAUGCUCAUAGAGUUAGGACGUACCUUCCAGGAGACGUCGACCUCGUCGCCCGUGCCAUCAGUGGCACAAUGCACCACAAGAACCUCGAAGUCUGGAACCGCUUCUUCAUCCAUCCCAAAGGACACCGCUACACCGUUGAAGCCGCCCCUGCUGGCCGUCGAUGCAUCUUCACCGCCGAGCCAGAGAACAUCAAGGCCAUACUUGCUACCCAGUUCACUGACUAUGGCAAGGGGGAACCGUUUCAUCGGGAAUGGAAGGACUUCCUCGGGGAUUCGAUCUUUGUUACUGAUUUAGACCAGUGGCAUGCUUCGAGGCAGUUGAUCCGGCCGCAGUUCAUUAAGGAUCGAGUCUCGGAUCUGGAGGUCUUUGAAGAGCACGUUCAGAUAUUGAUGGAACAGAUUGAUAAGACGGGCAAGAAAUGGGAUGGCAGUCAGGGCGGGGAGAUUGAUGUUAGUGAUUUGUUCUUCCGGUAUACGUUGGAUGCUGCUACGCACUUCUUGCUUGGGAGGAGUGUCGGAAGUCUGGAGAAUGGGGACCAAGAAUUUGCAAUCGCUUUUGGGGAGGCACAGAGGGUGCAGAAUAUCAUCACCCGAGCAGGGCCAUUGAAUCCCCUCGUGCCGAGAAAAUCACUCUACAAGUCUCUGAAAGUCAUCAACGAGUUCGUGAACCCCUACAUCGAGGAAACACUCCGCUUCACACCGGAAGAAUUAUCUACAAAGACCAAAACGGAGGAAGGAUACACCUUCCUCCACGCCCUCGCGUCUUUCACACGCGAUCGCACCGUUCUCCGUGAUCAACUCGUUGCCGUCCUCCUAGCCGGCCGCGACACAACAGCCUCGACCCUUUCCUGGACAUUCUACGAAAUGGCUCGACACCCCGAAGUCUGGAAGAGGCUCCGAGAAGAGAUCAUCCAGACAGUAGGCCUAGAGCAACCACCCACUUACAGCGAUCUGAAGAACAUGAAGUACCUCCAAAACGUGAUGGCCGAAACCCUCCGCCUCUACCCCGUAGUCCCCUUCAACGUCCGCCUCGCACUAAAAGACACCACUCUCCCCACAGGCGGCGGCCCCGACGGCCUCUCCCCAAUCGGUAUCCUAAAAGACACACCAAUCGGCUACUCGUCGCUCGUCAUGCAACGACGACCGGACCUCACUCCCUCUACCCCCUCCCCUACCAACCCAUCCUCCCAAAUAUCAGUAUUAGACUUUGUCCCCGAAAGAUGGCAGACCUGGCAACCGAAACCAUGGAACUACAUCCCGUUUAAUGGCGGCCCGAGAAUCUGUAUCGGUCAGCAAUUUGCGUUGACCGAGAUGGGGUAUACAAUUGUCAGGCUGCUGCAAAGAUAUGAGAGGAUUGAGAAUCAUAUGCAGGCUGUAGAUGGUGGGAAUCCGUGUUUGAAGGCGGAGAUUGUGCUGCAGCCAGGGCAGGGAGUUAGGGUUGGGUUCUUUGGGAAAGCUGGGGAGAAGAAAUAG